AAUGAAUGUUUGCCAUACUUUCAAACAACUUAUUCCUGUCAACGUAACUAUUAGACAUUCUCUUAUUGUUUGUGAAGAUAGACAACAACAGAUUAGUUGCCCUCAAAAUCAUUUAAUAAUUACUUUAUCGGCCUUUUAUGGUAGAAGAAAUUGGAAAUAUUGUGUAAAAGAACAUGAAAGCUUUCAAGAUAUUCCUAUAGAUAAACCUUUAAUUUGGGCAUUCAAUGCCCAAGAUCUCUUUCGAAAAACUUGUGACAAACAAAAUACUUGUAUUAUGAAUACUAGCUCAGCUUUCUAUCAAAAUGUUCACAUUCAGCCAAUGAUCAGCAAAUAUCUAGAAAUAGAAUGGAGUUGUAUAGAAUGCACGAAUCAUUACAUAUCAGAGAACGCUGAUGCUGAAUGUCAGAUGUGGAUGAAUGAGGGAAACUGCCUUAGCCAUCCUGAAUGGAUGAUACCUCAGUGUAGAGCAGCAUGUUGGAAAUGUUCAAAAGUCGAGCUCCCGUGUGAAAAUAUUGAAAAAGAUAACCUUUGCGAAUUCCUUGCGGCUAUUGGCGAAUGCCAAAUCAGGCCGACUUACAUGUUUGCUUUUUGCAGAAAGAGUUGCUUUAAGUGUGGUUCUUCCACAGUUAAAGAUACUCUUGAUCCUAAGGCUAUUAAUCUAUCAGCUGAGUGUCAAACGCUGGCUGAUAAAGGUGAAUGUCAAAAGAACCCCUCCUUUAUGUUAGAACAUUGCCUUGCUUCGUGCCGUAAACUAAAACAGCCCAAGUGUCAAAACACAUAUGAAGAUAAGACAAAGCUAAAAAAAUUGUGUGACGAUUGGGCCAGCGCUGGUUUAUGUGGAAGAAACUCCCAUUUUAUGUUAAAAAACUGCUUUAAGUCUUGUUCGGGAUGUGAUAAAGAAAAAUUUAAUUGCGUAAAUGUAUAUGAUAACGAUUAUAAGUGCGAUUACUGGCAUAUGAAAGGUGAAAGCGUCAGACAUCCAAAGUUUAUGGCAAGAAAUUGCACGAAAUCGUUAUCCGGAUGUAAUCCUUCCAAUGACGUUGUAAAAUGCGAAGAUGACAAUUCAAAAAUAGAUAUGUGCUCUGUAUGGGCAUCCGAAGGUCUAUGCCAUAAGAAUUUGGAAUACAUGCAUGCUUUUUGCAGAAAGUCGUGCGGUUUUUGCCCUGGAACGGGCCUUCAAGGGCUUGGAGAAAGCCGAAUCGGUCAUCAUGAAACCCCUGGAGAUUCUUCAGACGUGAUAAAAAAUUUAACUAUUGUGCUUAACGAUCAAAGAUUUUUGAGGAACGGAAGACUUGUUGGGUUUAAAGCAUACUUUUCUAAUAUCCAUGAAACUAGCUUUCAGAUUUGGAGGCCGCUAUCAAUCGUUGGAAAUUAUGAAAAGAACAACACGAUAUUGGGAAAUUUUUAUCUUGCUUACGAAAUUGAGAGGUUUAUCCCUAAGGAACCAGAUACUGUUCAGCUUGUUUCCGUUAAAGAAUGUGUUGAUGUAAGAGCGGGUGAUUUAAUCGGCUUUACCACUUUCAAGACAGCAUCUGUCGCAUCUCAUGUUAUAUCAGUAAAAUCAUCAUAUUGGGUGGGAGGAAUGAAAAAUGGUGUAGGAAGACGAUUCACGUUAGAAAAAGUUCAUUAUUCAUUAGUUUUUUCAUUAUCUGCUGUCUUUAAUGAGGAUAACUGUAGAGAGUGA